AUGGUUGGAUUUGUACUAUGGCUACCAGUGCUUUUGCCUCAGGUGACAUGCAAGAUUCCUAAUAUUGAAUGCAGCAUCAGUAAUCCCCUUCCUAUUCUUCACAAGUACUACCAGCCAGGAGACCUCAUCAUUGCUGGUAUUAUGUCUCAGAUCUACAUAUUCUUCAACUCAAUAGACUUCAGAAAAUGUCCUUCUAGUGACCUCUUUGACGACAUUGUGAUCAUGACACAGCUCUACCAACACAUCCUGGCAUUAGUAUUUGCUGUAAAGGAGAUCAAUGUAAACCCCCAAAUCUUACCCAACCUCACCCUGGGCUUCCACAUCUAUAACAGUCAGUUCAGUCCAAGCUGGACCUAUCGUGUCUCCUUGGAACUCCUCUCUACAUAUGGCAGAUACAUUCCCAACUACAAGUGUGACCUCCAGAAUAACCCCGUCGCAGUCAUUGGAGGCUCUAACUCUGAAGUCUGUCUCCACAUGGCAACUAUACUGAGCAUCUACAAGAUUCCACAGCUCAUCUAUGGCUCUGCUCCAGUGGGGAAAAUGAAAACUGAAGCUGCUUUCUACCACCAAAUGUUCCCAAAUCUAGACCAUCAGUAUGAAGGGAUUCUCAAGUUAUUGCUACAUUUCAGGUGGACAUGGACUGGUUUGUUGACUGCGAAUGAUGAGAAUGGAGACAGGUUUAUACAGAGCGUGGUUCCAAAAUUUAUCCUGAGAGGAAUCUGCUUUGAUUUCAUGGAAAGAUUUCCAACAAUUACAUAUUCUAGCAGUGUUACAGACGUGGUUACAGAUGGACUCAAGACAUUUAAUAUUGCCAUGAGAAGUACUGUCAAUGUGUUGCUCAUUCAUGGUGAAAUUGAUUCCAUGACACUUUUGAGAGCAGUUCCUGAAAUGUCAGAAUAUGAAGGUAUACCAAUGAAGGCUAAAGGAAAAGUUUGGAUCAUGACAGUCCAGAUGGAUUUCACAUCACUUCCCUUUCAAAGAGAUCUGGACAUUGACUUCCUCCAUGGUGCUCUUUCCUUCACAAUUCACUCAAAGGAGGUCUUGGGAUUCCAGGAAUUUUUUCAGACGAGAAAUCCCAUCUUGGAAAAAGAAGAUGGCUUUAUGAAGCUCAGCCACUUGGUGAGAAGUAGCGUCUUUAAUAAUAGUGCUGGGGAAAAAGUUUAUUUCAACCAAAAUGGAGAACUGGAGUCUGCAUUUGAUAUAAUGAACUGGGUGACACUCGCAAACCAGUCCAUUCUUCAAGUAAGAGUUGGUGGGAUAGACCCACAGGCCGCCUCGGGCAAACAGUUCACCAUUCAUGAGGAUGCAAUUGUGUGGCCCAGCAGAUUUAACCAGGCACUGCCCCUUUCUCUUUGUAAUGACCAUUGCCAUUUGGGUUAUAGUCGAACCAAGAAGGAAGGGGAGCCAUUCUGCUGCUAUGAUUGCCUUCCCUGUCCAGAAGGGAAGAUCUCAAACCAGAAGGACAUGGAUGACUGUUUGCAAUGCCCAGAGGAUCAGUAUCCAAAUAAUGCCCAGGAUUCAUGCAUUCCAAAAGUCAUAAGUUUCCUGUCUUACGAAGAAGCUUUGGGGAUGACUUUGGCAAUAUUGGCUCUUUCCUUUUCAUUCAUUACAGCUUUAGUGCUUGGCAUCUUUGUUAAGCACCAGGGCACUCCCAUUGUCAAAGCCAACAACCGGAAUCUCACCUACACUCUCCUCAUGUUCCUCCUGCUCUCCUUCCUUUGUGCUUUGCUCUUCAUUGGCCAACCAAAAACGCUGACCUGUCUUCUUCGACAAACUGCUUUUGGCAUUAUCUUCACGGCAGCUGUGUCUUGUGUUCUGGCCAAAACCACCAUUGUCGUUCUAGCUUUCAUGGCCACCAUGCCUGGAUCCCGAAUGAGGAAAUGGGUGGGGAAAAGACUGGCUGUUUCCAUUGUUCUUGGCUCCUCCCUGAUUCAAACCACUAUUUGCACGGUGUGGCUCUCAACCUCUACCCCAUUCCCAGAUUUCAACAUGCACUCAGUUGUUAAAGAAAUUAUACUAGAAUGUAAUGAGGGCUCAGUCGCCUUGUUUUACUGCGUCUUGGGCUUCAUGGGUUUGCUUGCCAAAGUCAGCUUCUGUGUUGCUUUCCUAGCCCGUAAGUUGCCUGAUAGUUUUAAUGAGGCCAAGUUUAUCACCUUCAGUAUGUUGGUCUUUUGCAGUGUUUGGUUGACCUUUGUCCCAACCUAUCUCAGCACAAGGGGGAAAUAUAUGGUUGCCGUGGAGAUUUUCUCCAUCUUGGCCUCCAGUGCUGGGUUACUGGUUUGUAUCUUUUCUCCAAAGCUCUAUAUCAUUCUGUUGAGACCUGAGCUGAACAACAAGGAACAGCUAAGAAGAACAAAACAAUGA